UCAUAUGCGUCCAAAUAAUUUCGCCCGUAGAACUCCCCCUUCUUCUCUCCACUCCCUCUCGCUCUGCAACGAAGAACUCCAUCGCCCUCGAUUGCAGCCCUUGAUUUCCCCAUCCGGAUCGAUUCAUUGAUCGAUUCUCAUCAUCUGUGGAGGUCUUGCCCUCUUGAUUGAUCACUGGCAAGGUUCGGAUCCGGCUGAAACUGGCAUUGGUUUCUGGGUUAGAGAAUUGUAGAUCUGGGAACUAGGGCGUCGCGAAGACAUCUGGGAUCUUGUGAUUGGGCGACGGCAAGAUGUUUUGGCGUAUGACAGGCUUGUCCACGACCUCUCCCGUGGACUCUAUCUUGGAUAAGGAAAACUAUACACUUGAAGAGCUGCUUGAUGAGGAUGAAAUAAUUCAAGAGUGCAAAGCGCUAAAUACACGUCUGAUUAAUUUUUUGAGAGAUCGGGCUCAAGUGGAGCAACUGAUUCGCUAUAUUGUAGAGGAAGCUCCUGAAGAUGCUGAAAAGAAGAGAAUUUUCAAAUUUCCAUUCAUUGCAUGUGAAAUAUUCACCUGCGAGGUUGAUAUCAUAUUAAGAACCUUAGUAGAGGAUGAUGAGUUAAUGAAUUUGCUGUUCUCCUUCUUGAAACCUGAUUGUCCACAUAGUAAUUUGUUGGCUGGUUACUUUAGCAAGGUUGUCAUUUGCCUCAUGAUACGGAAGACGGCUCAUCUUAUGAAUUUUGUUCAGGGUCAUCAAGAGAUUUUCCGUCAACUUGUUGAUCUAAUUGGUAUCACAUCUAUCAUGGAGGUACUAAUUCGGUUAAUUGGUGCCGAUGAGAACAUGUACUCCAACUAUAUGGAUGCAAUGCAAUGGUUGGAGGACACAGAUGUGCUUGAGAUGAUUGCGGAUAAGUUUAGCUCCUCGGAUUCCCCUGAAGUGCAUGCCAAUGCAGCAGAAAUACUUUGUGCAAUAACUAGAUAUGCUCCUCCUGGGCUUGCAUCUAAGAUUUGUAGUCCAAGCUUUGUGGGAAGAUUGUUUCGCCAUGCAUUAGAAGAUUCAAGGCCAAAAUCUGUUCUAGUCAACUCAUUGUCUGUUUGUAUAUCUUUAUUGGAUCCGAAGAGAUUAUUGUCUGCAUCGAAUCAUUUGUUCAGAAGCCAAUUGAGCCAUGGAUCAUUAGUGACUGCUAGUCCAGAGACAGUCGAUGGGAUGCUGGGGAGUCUAGGUGAUUUACUAAAGUUAUUAGAUGUUUCUUCUGCUGAAAGCACCUUGCUGACCACAUAUGGCAAGCUGCAACCACCGCUUGGUAAACAUCGGUUGAAGAUUGUGGAGUUUAUCUCUGUGCUGUUGACAAUUGGUAGUGAAGCUGCAGAGAGAGAACUGGUCCAGUUAGGGGCCAUAAAAUGUGUUUUUGAUUUGUUUUUUGCGUUUCCGUUUAACAACUUUUUGCACCAUCAUGUGGAGAAUAUUGUUAUAUCUUGCUUAGAGAGCAAGAGGGAAUUUCUUAUUGAACAUCUUUUAUAUGAUUGCAACAUUGUCAGCAAAAUUCUUACAACAGACAAGAACCCUACAUUGUCAGUUGAUACUACAAAGCCAACUGUAUUAGCAGAUGGAAGAACACCACCUCGAGUAGGAAAUGUUGGGCACAUUACACGUAUAGCUAACAAGCUAAUUCAGUUGGGGAAUAAGAGCAGCAUAAUACAGACUCAUUUGCAGGAAAAUGCUGAAUGGGUUGAGUGGCAUACAGAUGUGCUACUGAAACGUAAUGCAGGAGAAAAUGUAUAUCAGUGGGCCUGCGGGCGUCCGACUGCACUGCAGGAUCGAGGUAGGGAUAGUGAUGAUGAUGACUUCCGAGAUAGGGAUUAUGAUGUGGCAGCACUGGCUAAUAACUUAAGCCAGGCCUUUCAAUAUGGAAUUUAUAACAGCGAUGACAUUGAGGAGGCUCAAGGAUCACUCGGAAGAGAUGAUGAGGAUGUCUAUUUUGAUGAUGAAUCUGCUGAGGUUGUAAUAUCAUCUCUUCGUUUAGGAGAUGACCAGGAGAGUAGCUCUCUCUUCACAAAUUCAAACUGGUUUGCUUUUGGAGAUGAUAGACCAGCCAGUGAUGAACCCUCAUCUGGUCCACUUCCAUCACCAAGUUCAGAUGAGGUCAGCAAAGUCGGUGUUGGUGAGAAUAAUGACAUGAUGGACACUGCAACACCCUUUGAACCAUUAAAUGCAGUAACGAGUAUGGAGGCAGUUGGUAGUCAAAUUUCAGAGAAUGGUCCAACUGAGAUUUUAGAUGUCGGGAAGCCGCCUGAAUGGGUUGAAUGGAGGGAGACAUUGGAUUUGGGCGAACUCCCUGAUGCUAAUCCAGCUCCACCUUUACCAAACGGCGGGCUCAAACCAGAAGAGGAAGUCACACAAGCUACUAAUGGCGUUGUUUCAAGUGAGUGUAAAGAUGAGGAUGCAAGUGGUUCCCCGGGAUCUAUCAGCGCGGCUAUUGAAAAUUCACCAGAAACCAGUGAAGCAAAAGCCUCUCACAAUCCUCCCGAAUCAGUGGUACCUGAUGAAGAAGACAAUGGAACAUCUGAGCCACAGAUUGAUCAAGUUGUUGACAGAGAACAUGAGCCUAAAGGCCUUUGAAGAUGAGAGCAAAUGAAAGUGCAUGUUUUAGCAAUCAUCUCGACGUUCUGAAACCACCCGGCUAUGGGAUUCGAGUCGGCUAUGGCUAUCGGAGGAUUGUGACUCAGCUGCAUUUCUUUAGAGCCUUGUACAUCUAGCCAAAA